AUGCAGUUGAAUGGGGGUGAAUCGUUCACCAAGAUUGACUUAAGCGACGCAUACAAUCAGUUAGUCGUGGACCAGGAAUCAGCCAAAUUACUGGCAUGGAGCACGCACAAGGGUCUAUACAAGGUAAAUAGGCUCCCCUUCGGGAUCGUACCAGCAAGCGCAAUAUUUCAGCGCACAUUAGAACAAACGUUAAGCGGACUCGGAGGGGUGACCAACUUUUUAGAUGACAUACUAGUCACUGGAAAGACCAGGCAAGAGCACAAAAACAACCUGAGGCAAGUGUUCCUAAGGCUGAAAGAGGCAGGCUUUGUGUUGAAAUUAUCAAAGUGCGAAUUUUUCAAAAAUGAAAUAAAAUACUUAGGAUAUGUAAUCUCAAGAGAGGGUUUAAAAACCAAUAAGGACAAGAUCAGAGCCAUGCUUGAAGCACCCAGGCCAAAAGAUGUGCGGCAGGUAAAGAGUUUUGUUGGCUUAGUAAAUUACUACAGCAGGUUUGUACCAGAAUUUGCGGGAAUAAUGAGGCCUCUUUACGAGCUGUUAAAAAGCGACAGGAAAUUUGCUUGGGAUCAGGGUUGCGAAAAAGCAUUCAACCUCAUCAAACAAGAAAUAGCGUCAGAUAGGGUACUAGAGCACUUCGACCCUUCACGACCGAUAAUUCUAUCAACGGACGCCUCACAUUAUGGAAUUGCAGCCACCUUAUCACACAAGACGACGAAUGGGGACUUAAAACCAAUAGCCUUCAUUUCCAGGACGCUAAGCAAGGCAGAAGGCAAUUAUUCGGUUCUUGAUAAAGAGGCUUUGGCGAUUUACUGGGCGAUAUCAAAACUCAGGACAUAUCUUCUAGGGCAUAGCUUUGAAAUACACACGGAUCACAAGCCACUAAUCUACCUCUUCGGAGAGCAAAAAGGAAUACCACAAAUGGCAUCAGCUAGAUUCCAACGGUGGGCACUCUAUCUGUCCGGAUUCCAAUAUAAAAUCAAAUACGUCAAAGGCCAGGAGAACAGUGUAGCUGACAUGUUGUCAAGACAUCCACUGUACUCAGAAACACCAGGUGAGUCUGAGGAGGUUACGGAGACAACACACCUCAACCUAGUAAUUGCAGAGGGAAUGCUGAGUAAGAUCGUAAAGUUCGUAACUGAGGGGUGGCCAGAGCAAAAAACAGACGAUUUCCUAAAACCGUUCGUCCAGAGGAAAGACGAGAUAACCUGCGAACAAGGAUGUCUGAUGUGGGGCUACAGAGUAAUUGUGCCCAGAAAGCUGCAGCACCACCUGUUAGAGGAACUACACAGCAGUCACCUGGGUAUUGUCAAAAUGAAAUCAAUAGCCAGAGCCUAUUUUUGGUGGCCGAAUUUGGACAAGGACAUUGAGAACAUAGCUCGUAGCUGCAUUCCAUGCAAUAAAGUCGCAAGGGAACCUCAGAAAGCGAUCCCAAUUCCGUGGAAUAGACCAACGCGUCCGUGGCAAAGAGUGCACAUCGAUUUCCUUGGACCGAUUAAUAACAGCCACUACCUCAUUAUGUUGGAUGCUUAUAGUAAAUGGCCUGAAAUUUUUAAAAUGAACUCAAUCACGUCCGCUGCAACAAUUAGCAAAAUCAGGGAAACAUGUGCAAGAUGGGGAAUUCCAGAGACUUUGGUGUCAGACAACGGCACACAGCUCACAUCAGAGGAAUUUUCAAUUUUCUUAAAAAGAAAUGGAAUAAGGCACGUUACCGGACCGCCGUACAAACCAGAGACAAAUGGAGCAGCAGAAAAUGCAGUAAAGAGUUUUAAGAAAGGCUUCAAGGCAGCGCUUUUAGACCAAAGAAACCGACACGUUUCGACAGACACUCUUGUCAGCAGGUAUUUAUUCUGGUAUAGAAAUUCCACGCACUGUCAAACGAAUGAAACGCCAGCGAAAUUGAUGCUGGGUAGACAUCUUCACACGACGCUCAACUUAAUGAGACCUGACACAAAUCGAGACACAGAAAGGCAAUUUAACCAUAAAGGUCGAGAUUCUCCAACAUUUGAGAAGGGAAGUAUAGUUUGGAUUCGGGAUUAUCGGAAGCCUAAUACCAAAACUUGGCAGGAAGCAAAGGUCAUCGACAUACUGGGACCACGAAACUACACGUGCGAGUUACCAGAUGGACAAAAAUGGAGGAGACACGUUGACCAAAUGAGAAAAAGAAUUGAAGCACCAAGCACUGAGGACAGCAAGUCAGAGGCAGUACAACCAGCGAAUACAAACCAAGAAGUACCACAAAGGAAGAUGCCUGGGGAACCAACAAUGCCGUCAGCCACACGGCCACCACCAGAACAAACACCAUCUCUCGAACCGCAACCCAAUCCUAUUCCAGUCAUUCCGGUACGCGAUAGACCAAAGCGUUCUUGUAACAUCCCAGCACGUUACAGAGAUUAG